AUGAAUAUCCUGUUCAUUUGGACACUUAUUAAUAUUCUCAUCGUGACUGCUUUGGCCAUGGAACCUGAACCCGGUAGCAAGCGAGAAGAGGACAAAGACGAGAGUCAUGGGAAAAGGCUUCUUAUAGAUUUGAAUCUUCCAGCACCGACGGACUCUGACGAAAAUCGCAGCAUUUCCGAUUCACAAGAACAAGGAAGAAAAAAACAAAUAUCGUGGCGAACUAGACAAAAUAAUAAACGAAAAGAACGGAUGAAAGUAGAUCCUAUUUAUGCUGCAGCUCGUCGUGCAACUCUGGCUAAAUCCGCUAAGAAAUGGAGAAUAAAGAGAGAUGCAAACUUAUCCGAAGAAAAAAGAAAAGAACUUAGCGAGAGAAAAAAGAUUGCCAAUCAUAAACAUUAUUUAAAACGUAAAUCGACUUUUGGUGGUCAUCACACUAAAGAAGCACAAGAAGUCGCAAGAAUAAUUGCAAUUGUUCGGAAAGGUGAAGAAAUCACACCGGAAGAUCGGCAAAAAGUUGUCGAAUAUCGAGGAAAGAGAAAGAAGAUAGCCGAAACACACAAACUAAAAAUGAAAAACCUAGGCAAACCUUAG